AUGGCGCCCGACCUCAAGCAGAACAAGGCCUACCGCAUAGUAGAGCACGCAUAUGCCAAUGGCUAUGCUGUCCCAGCAAUGUGCUUGUACAAUGUCGAGGGCAUCCUAGCAACAGUACGAGCAGCGGAAGCCAAGAAGUCACCGGUUCUAAUUCAGCUGUUCCCUUGGGCGAUCGAGUAUGCGGAUGGCUUGCUCAUCCACGCAGCGGCGGAGGCAGCCAAGAACGCGAGUGUGCCUGUUGCGGUGCACAUGGACCAUGCACAGAGUCCAGAGAUCAUUAAGCGGGCGGCAGAGUUGGGUGGUUUCGACGGCAUAAUGGUGGACAUGUCUCAUCACGAGCGUGCAGAAAAUCUGGCCCUAACGAAAGAACUCGUUACAUAUCUUGCCGAGCGGGGCAUCAUCUCGGAAGCUGAACCUGGGCGUAUCAACGGCGGUGAAGACGGCGUCUCGGACACUUUGGACCUUGAAGGCAUCCUUACUACACCUGAGCAAGCGGAAGAAUUCGUGGCAACGGGCAUUCAAUGGUUAGCACCAGCAUUCGGAAACGUGCAUGGGAAGUACGGACCUAAAGGACCUCAGUUGGAAUGGGACAGACUGAAGGGCUUGGUGGAUGCGGUCGGCGAUCGAGUUAGGUUUGUACUACAUGGGGCCGGCACGGAGUAUUUCAAGGGAGAUCUGCUCGGCCAGGCUGUGAAAGCUGGUCUAUGCAAAAUCAAUUUGAACGACGCAGUCAACGACAGCUAUAUCCGCGUAAUGAAGGAGAAGGCUGGGAAUACUCCAUUGACACAGUUGCUUCAAGAGGUGACGGAUGCGAUGCAGAAAGAUGUUGAGCAGCAUAUGGACUGGUUGGGCUCGAGCGGCAAAGCGUGGUGA